AUGACCCCCGUCCAGCCCACAACACACCUCUACCGCGCCGUCCUGCGCGAGAUGCGCCUGGCUUCGCGCCAACCUCGUGCUACCCGCAACCCCGUUGUGGGCCGGGAGCUGCGUGCCAUGAUUGACGAGGCCCGCCUGUGCACCACGUCGCCCAAGGAUGCCGACGCGCUCGACCGCGCCCUGCUCGAGGCUGGAGACUUUAUGCGCGCCGCGAGGAUACACGCCCGCUACAACCCGAUCCACGGCAUGAGCGAACAGGAGCGUAUCCACGCCACUGCCCGCCGAGUGGGUCUUGACACUCCCGUGGAGUACAAGAAGGACGAGUAA